AUGCCCGUCUCUGAACACCCGGGCUCCAAUGCCCCUUCGCUCGCCCAUUCGUUUUCCUCCCUGCGCGCGCUGCUGGCUGCCCAUUCAACCCGUCGCCAGAGCCGUGUCUACGCCCUCAGCUGCCUGGCCCUGGGCAUGCUCGUCGCUGCCCUCUGGGUCUAUGGAGGGCUCGUCCGUGAUGUGACAGACUUUACCAGGACCCUCCCGCACCCGCAAGUCCAGUCCUCAACGGUUGGGCAGUCGAAGCCCUCUGUGAUAACCGUCACUGUUACCGCCACCCCAUCGCCAACGCCUGCUCUCGACGCCUGGCGCCAUUCAUCACAUAGCGCUGCUGCCAUUGAUAAUACCGGAAUUCCACGGAAGAUAUGGCAGAUCAUGCUCCCUAAGAGGGUCUUACAGAAUCAAACCUGGAUCUCGGAUCCUGCAAAGCUCAAGGAUAUCCCGUCCUGGCUUGCUCUGAAUCCGGACUAUGAAUACAACCUCAUCGGUCAGGAUCGCGGAGAUCGCUUUGUCAGGCAAUACUUCGGUGACAAUCCGCGCAUCCUCUCCACAUGGGAGAAAAUGCCCAACGUCGGCCAGAAGUCUGAUUUUCUGCGAUAUUUGAUUCUCUCCGUCGAGGGUGGCGUCUACAGUGAUACCGACACCGUCGCACUUAAGCCCAUCGACUUCUGGGUACCGCCGCAUCUUAAGGACCGCGUAAGGCUUGUCGUUGGCCUCGAGUUCGACCGUCGCGAUGGGCCGAUGUGGGCAGACAUCCUACAUGAGGUUCAGUUUUGCCAGUGGACGAUCGCCGCCGCCCCGGGACAUCCUGUGUUCAAGAAGAUGAUUAGCCGGAUCUUGACUUCGUUGGAUGACUUGUCUGCAUUACAUCAGGUGCCACUAGAGAGCUUGAAGCCAACCAGUAAGGAAGUCAUGAACUCAACAGGGCCGGCGGCGUGGACCGAUGUCGUCUUUGAGCAGUUGCAGGAGUACGAUCCGUCACUGUUGGAGCCGAAGAAUCUGUCGUACAUGAAUGCACCUAGACUAAUCGGUGACAUUUAUGUCUUAACAAUCGAUGGCUUUGGUAUGGGCCAAAAACACUCGGGGAGUACGAACGACGGAACUAUUCCGCCAGCUGCGCUAGUAAAACAUAAUUUUAAUGGAUCGUGGAGAGGAAAUAAGAGAGGAAGGGAUGAAUCUUCGGCAUCAGAACCGUAG